AUCGAUCCCCCGGCAUGCUAGGGACCGUUGCUAAGCAAGACGAACCGCGUUUCGACCCCCCAAACCUUCGUAACUUGCCAUCUACUUCGAAUCCCGGGCGCAGAAUUAUUUUUUACAGGCUGACUCUAUGUAUUACGCCGCGUGCGACGAUGCUUUUACCUUGUGUUCAUCAUCCGGUAAUGCGUCCGUCUUUGUACGCUCAGGGUCCCCGUUGCGCCUACGAUCUCGUUCGAAAGGAGCAAAACAGAAGUUAUCCGUGUCACAAAUGCGGUAACGCGUUCACGCGUAAGAACAAUCUGUACAAUCACCUCAAGUUCCAGUGCGGACAGAUGCCCAGAUUCAACUGUCCAUACUGCUCGUACCGGACGAGGCACUCCUCGAACGUCAGAUCGCACGUGCGUAGGAUGCAUCCCGGUCAGAGGGUGUACGUUCUCGACGUGCGCGGCAAACAAGACAGCCAACACCAAUGGAUAUCGUAGACGGGGACGAGAAGACUGCUUGUCUCGAAAGCUGAUGUCUCUUCUCCCUUUCCGGUACACUCGCGUACGGAAAGUCGCGCUACGGUUGUCAAAGGGUGGCUAAUAAACGGCGAUAAGAGGAAUUUCUGUUCCUCCACCGAAUCCCGGAAGAAUGAA